AUGUCGCCAAGGGGAGGUCACGGCAGCCCAGGAAACAACGGCCCCAACCGGCCGAACCCCCAAAGGAAGCAAACUGGACAUGGUGGCAAGGCCGCUCGCCGUGGCAAGGCUUCAAAUGCCACUGUUAGGAAGAGUGCAAGAUUGAUGAAAGACGUCGGAUGGAUUGAUUAUGACAGUUCUGGAGAGCAGAGUGAUUCACCGGGCGACCCGGGUAAGGGUCUGUCUGGUUCCAUGGCACAUAGCGGUUCGGGGACCACGACUCGAGGUGCAUCAAUGCAGAUGGCAGGGCCGCACAUCGGUAGCAGGAACGGUCCUGCUGUGCGAACUCCACCAACAGCCACUGUAAACCAUGAAGCGCCAGUCUUGGUGGACACAAGCAUUCCGGACGAGCCUAUCGAUUAUUGUGGCCCGCUUCAAGAGCAUGGCGUCGCCGCGGAUCUGCUCACCGGUCCCCCGUUGCUCGUCACAUUGGGGUCAGACGGUAUCCCAACCAGCCACAAUGCCAAAGGCCUGGAACCCUUGCGAGCGACGCAUGCUAAGUUGCAAAUGAAUGCUGGAGAAGAGGACGAUGACGAGAAGGAGGAGUGGCUUAUCGAGCUGUGA